AUGGGUGAUUACCGUUUCAAAGAUCCAACACCCGCUGGUAGAGAGUUUCUCGUUGCUAAGUUCAACCAAACGUUUAAUUGUAACGUAAACUACCGGUUCUUCAAAGAAAAACUUGAUCAGCUAAAAAGAAAAUACAAGAAGUACAAGCAUCUUAUGAAAAAUUCUACGGGCAUUUCGGUUGAUCCCAUUACAUCUGUGAUAUCCGCGUCUGAUUCAUGGUGGAAAGAUCGUGAAUCUCAAUACUCUUUGCACCAAAGAAGAGAAGAGUUGAUGAAUGAUGGCCAAAAUCACGAUGAAGACCAUUUGUACUCUGAAACAUAUGGUGGUGAUAUGCAACACACUGAGGUUCCUGAGACACAAGAAAAUGAAGAAAUUCCUACGUCGAGAGUUCAACAACGAGGUGGACUAAGGCAGGGGAGUAGUUCACAAAGAGGUGUAGGAAACUCUCGGGGCUCUGCUAGAAGUGGAUCCCAAGGAAGUCGUAGGAAACAAUCAUUCGAGACAACCCUGACAGAUACAAUGAAUGGCUUUAGAGAAUUUCAGCGCCAAAGUUUACAACAACUACGUCCAAAUUCUUUUGACGAAGAUGACUACAAUGAAUUCGAUACUGCCGUGAAGAUAUUCGAAUCAAUGGAGCUUCCAAAUGACACCAAUUUUUAUUGGGCGUGCAUUCAUGCAUUAAAGGAAGAACGAUUUUGGCGCAAGUACUUCAUGGAUAGAGCUGAAAGAACCAUAGAAGAUAAGUUGAAGUUCUUACAAGCUCUUACUGGAUAUACACACAACGAAUUCGUGGGAAAGCGGUUAGAAUCUGGGCAAAAGUUUGGUAGUCCAACUUGUGGGCAAUGGAAUUCUGGUUUUCAACAAUGGGGAACACCGCCAAAUGCACCGCAAUGGAGUUCACCGUCAAAUGCUCCGCAGUGGAGUACACCGCCAAAUGCCCCGCAGUGGAGUACACCGCCAAAUGCCCCACAAUGGGGUACACCACCAGGAGCUCCACAAUGGAGUUCAUCUCCAAAUGUUCCGCAGUGGGGUACACAACAUGUUCCACAAUGGGGUGCGCCACAAAAUACUCAACAAUGGGGUUCAUCACCAAGUACUCAGCAAUGGGGUCCUACAUCUGCUGCUCCACAAUGGGGGCUCAUCACCGACCACUCAUCAAUGGGGAUCAUCACAAGAUGCUCGACAAUAUAUUCCUCCGAGAAAUGUUCAACAUGGAUUUUCCCUAGAAACAGAAGUACAAACUACAACACAUGA